GUUUGCUUCUCUCUGUCUAUCUCUUUCUCUUUCUCCCAACCCAAGCCUUCCUCUGCCUUUCCAGGCUUCCUGCCUCUAUGCCCGCUUCUUCUAUUCCCUCUUCUUCUGGCAGGCUGGCACCUGCUCUUGUCUCCCCUUGGGUGCUCUUCUGGAUGCUCCUGCCCCAUGCCCUGGCCUUGUCCAUCCCUGGCGGAGACUCCCAGGAGGUGGUGCCAGUCUGGUUGGCAACCCCUAUGAGCAGCAGGGAAGGGCAGGUGUCCUUCUCCCUGGCCGCCUUCGGGAGGGAGUUCGUGCUGCACUUGGAGCCCGAUGCCAGCUUCUUGGCACCCGGGCUGAAGAUCCAACACAUUGGAAAGAAGGAGCCCACUGCAGAGUUUCUGGCCGAAGAAGAAGAUGCAAGGCUGCAGAGAAGGUGCUUCUAUUCAGGGACUGUCAACUCGCAGCCAGACUCCUUGGUGGCCGUCAGCUUGUGCCAAGGCAUCCAUGGCUCCUUCUUGGUGGAUGGAGAGAAGUAUGUCAUCCAACCUCAAGGUCAAGGGAGCGGAGAGCUCCUGCUGCAGGUCCACCAGCUCCAGAAGCGGGGCUGGGCAAAAGAGGCCCCUGAGGACAUCCCAGAAGGGGACACUCAGGCCGGACCGGGCAGCAGUAACAGCAGAGCCAAACGGUUCACCUCUCAGGCUCGCUAUGUGGAGACCCUGCUGGUGGCAGACACAUCGAUGCUCCAGUUCUAUGGGGAAGACCUGACGAAUCAUAUCCUCACUUUAAUGUCUGUAGCUGCUCAGAUCUACAAACACCCCAGCCUGAAGAACUCUAUCAAUUUGGUGGUAGUGAAGGUGCUGCUGGUGGAAGACGAGAAGGCUGGGCCGGAGGUCUCGGACAACGGAGGGCUCAUGCUGCGUAACUUCUGCAACUGGCAACAGCAGUUCAAUCCUGCAAGCGACCGUCACUCCGAACACUAUGACACAGCAAUCCUCUUGACAAGACAGGAUUUCUGUGGACAUCAGAGCUGCAGUACGCUUGGAGUGGCUGAGACGGGCACCAUGUGUGACCCCAACAAAAGCUGUUCUGUGAUUGAAGAUGAGGGCCUCCAGGCUGCCUACACUUUGGCCCAUGAACUAGGGCACGUACUCAGCAUGCCCCAUGAUGAUCACAAGACCUGUGAGAGACUCUUUGGGAGUUUAGGAAGGCAUCACAUGAUGGCUCCUCUCUUUAUCCAACUUAACAAAACUCUGCCGUGGUCACCAUGCAGUGCCAUGUACAUCACAGAAUUUUUGGAUGGAGGACAUGGUGACUGUCUGCUUGAUGAACCAGCUGAGCCUAUUGCCUUCCCCACAGACCUCCCCGGCCAAGUGGCCUUAUAUAACUUGGAUCGUCAGUGCCAACAAAUCUUCGGCAAAGAGUUCCAACAUUGCCCAAAUGCCUCUCAGGAGGACAUCUGCUCCCAGCUCUGGUGCAAGAUGGAAACAGGGGAGCGCCUGUGCCACACCAAAAAUGGCAGCUUGCCUUGGGCAGAUGGGACGCCUUGUGGAGCAGAGAAGAUGUGCUUGGAUGGCCGUUGUGUAGCGCAGGAUGCCGUGAUUCCUGAGCCUCCUGUGGAUGGAAACUGGGGUCCCUGGAGCUCUUGGGGACCAUGUUCCAGGACCUGUGGUGGAGGAGUGCAUUUCUCCUACAGAGGAUGUGACAAUCCCAUGCCUAAGAAUGGGGGCAAAUACUGUGAGGGCCAAAGAGUCCAAUAUGAGUCAUGCAACACAGAAGAAUGCCCACCUAAUGACAAGAGCUUUCGAGAGCAACAGUGUGAAAAAUACAAUAGAUACAACUACACAGACAUGAAUGGGAAUCUACUGGAGUGGACCCCUAAGUAUGCAGGCGUAUCACCUCGGGAUCGCUGCAAGCUGGUCUGCCAGGCUAAGAGAGGAAAUGAAUUCAAAGUGUUUGAGACUAAAGUGAUUGAUGGGACCGUCUGUGCACCGGAUACCCUCUCUGUUUGUGUACAUGGUCAGUGCAUCAAAGCUGGCUGUGACCACAUUAUUGGGUCACUCAAGAAAUUAGACAAGUGUGGAGUUUGUGGCGGCAAUGGUUCGUCUUGCAGGAAAAUUACUGGUUCACUCAACAGAUCCAAGUUUGGGUAUAAUGACAUUGUCACAAUUCCUGCGGGAGCAACCAACAUUGAUAUCAAGCAACACAGCCGCCGAGGGGUGAGGCACGAUGGGAACUAUUUAGCUUUGAGGGCACUGGAUGGCAAAUACCUCUUGAAUGGAAACUUCACUGUUUCUGCCAUGGAACAAGACAUUUUCAUGAAAGGGACUGUCCUGAGAUACAGUGGCUCUCUUACAACCCUGGAACGCCUUCAGAGUUACCAGCGACUCCCAGAACCCAUUACUGUCCAAGUGCUGUCAGUUUCCAGUGAGAUGUUCCUCCCCAAGGUAUUCCCUUCUCCAAAGGUGAGAUACACCUUCUUUAUCCCCAAGGACACCUACUUUAGCAAACAGAAGAGCAAGGAGAAGAGCUUGGCCAAUGUCAUCAAACCCAUGUUGACGUCGCAGUGGGUGCUGGGAGACUGGUCUGAGUGCUCCAAAUCCUGCGGCUCCGGAUGGCAGAGACGAACAGUUGAAUGCCUAGACGUAGACGGUCAGAGCUCCUUGACCUGUGAUAAGGGCCUCAAGCCGGAGGACAUCAAGCCCUGCAGCGACCUCCCAUGCCCGAUCUGGCAGAUGGGGCCUUGGUCCCCCUGUUCCCAGACGUGUGGAGUUGGAGUGCGGACACGAAGUGCCUUGUGCACUGACUAUGUGGGGAAGCCCAUUGCCUCAGAGAAAUGCAGCUCACCACGUCCACCGCCAGCCACCAGUCCCUGCAUGCUCCAGGAGUGCUGAGGCAAAGUCAAACGUCUGACACAUGGGAGGCAUGUGUAACAUAGGCUAACUACUAACCCAAACCCAGGCUUGGUCUGGCCGAGCAGGGCUGUAGGUUUUAAAGACAGAUGUGCACUAACUGGCCUGAAGAGGCCCUCGCCAGGUAGAUCUGUUGAAAAUAUUAGGAGACAUUGAAGGUCAGCCACUCUUUCUUUCCCUCUUUCUUCUUCCUGCUUUGCCUUCCUCCAAAGUGACAUCUACCUCAGUGGGGGGAAAUGGCAUGGGAUUUUUGACUUUUUAGGUUUUUCUUUGGGGAGCUGGGGGUUAUGGGCUUAUAUUUAACAACUAUGAUAAAUAGAAAUGUCUCUUAGGUGUGAGCAGAAGGUAGAUGAACCAAUAAGAUCCAGCUACACUCCAAAAUCCUUCCUCUUUCCCAGGGUGUGCCACCUUAAUAACCUGGAGAGGAGCAACAAAGGCUGGUCUGAGUGGCAACUAGAUCAGGAGUUGGCCACUUUCUACAGCACUUGUCCUUCUCCUCUGUGCCUCCUAGGCUGCUUCCAAAGAUGGCCAGAAUCUCACCUACAAUUCCUACAAGUCUCUUUGUGGAUCUUAUCACAGAGCCAUCACUUCUGAUGGAAUGAUGACUUUCAUUAUUAUGCAUCUCAAACACCAACAAGGGCCUAUAACUUUUAACUCAGCAUCAAUAGACGUGUCUCCUGGUCAAUGAGAUUCAUCUGGAAAAACUACCUUUCCUGCUCUCGCCUUACAUUUAUGAAGCUAUAGAAUGAGGCUGGUGAUGCAAACCUGUUUCACAGGCUUUUGACCAGGUUGAGUGAAGGCUUGCAUAAAGCUUCUAAGGUAAACAUGAGAAGUUUCUCCUUUCUGUGGCUUGUUAGAUCUCGCCUGCAGUUGACUCGUCCUCCAGGAGACUGGAAUAGCAUCCCCUUUUAGAGUGUGUUACAGGAAAUGGCAUUGCCAUGUCUAAGGUGAGUCCCCACCCAUAGCGCUUUACAUCUU